AUGGUGUUCCUUGUGCACGCAGCACAGCUGCUGGAACUUGACAAGAUGCAAGCAGGGAACACAGGAGCAGGGUGGGAGUCGCAGCUGCUGGAAACAGGCUUCCUGGGGGUCUUUCUGUGCCCUCUGUGGACUCUGUCUCGGUUACCCAGACACACCCCCACGUCCCGGAUCGUCCUGUGGGGUUUUCGGUGGCUGAUUUUCAGGAUCAUGCUCGGAGCUGGCCUGAUCAAGAUCCGGGGGGACCGGUGCUGGCGAGACCUCACCUGCAUGGACUUCCACUAUGAGACGCAGCCGGUGCCCAACCCCAUGGCCUAUUACCUGCACAGGUCACCCUGGUGGUUCCACCGCUUCGAGACAUUCAGCAACCACUUUCUCGAGCUCCUGGUGCCCUUCUUCCUCUUCCUGGGACGAAGGAUGUGCAUCCUGCACGGCGUGCUGCAGAUCCUGUUCCAGGUGGUCCUCGUCAUCAGCGGGAACCUGAGCUUCCUGAACUGGCUGACCAUGGUGCCCAGCCUGGCCUGCUUCGAUGACGCCACUCUGGGAUUCCUGUUUCCUUCUGGGCCAGGCAGCCUAAAGGAUCAAGUUCUUAGAAUGCAGAGGGAGGAAACCCAAGGGCACCGGCCCAUGCCAACAUAUGGCUGUGUGGUGCGGCGGAUGGUCAACCUCUCACUGGGCAUCCUUGUGACCUGGCUCAGUGUCCCCGUCAUCAUCAACCUGCUGAGUUCCCAGCAGGUCAUGAAUGUCUCCUUCAACCCACUCAGAAUCGUCAACACUUAUGGGGCCUUUGGAAGCAUCACCAAGGAGCGAACAGAGGUGAUCCUGCAGGGCACGGCCAGCCCCAACGCCAGUGCACCCAAUGCUGUGUGGGAGGACUAUGAGUUCAAGUGCAAGCCGGGCGACCCCAGCAGGCGGCCCUGCCUUAUCUCCCCCUACCACUACCGCCUCGACUGGCUCAUGUGGUUCGCGGCAUUCCAGACCUAUGAGCACCACGAGUGGAUCAUCCACCUGGCGGGCAAGCUCCUAGCCAACGACCCCGAGGCCCUGUCCCUGCUCAGGCUCAACCCCUUCGCAGGCAGGGCUCCCCCCAGGUGGGUCCGAGGAGAGCACUACAGGUACAAGUUCAGCCAGCCCGGGGGAAAGCACGCAGCAGAGGGCAGGUGGUGGGUCCGGAGGAGGAUCGGCCCCUACUUCCCCCCGCUCCGUCUGGAGGACCUGAGGGGUUACUUUAGGUCACGGGAGUGGCCUUAUGUGGAAACCAAUGCAGACACUGGGCGUGCACCGUGAAAUAAAGGCCAGAAGACCCCCAGCCCGGGCUGCUCUGAGUGAAAUCUCAGCCGUGUGCUUCUGGGACAUGGCCGUGGGUCCCUUGCUCUGCCGCCUGGACGCUCCAAGCUUGGCACCGCCACUGAGAAAGAA